AUGUUGAAAAUAUCGUUGUUGGGUCUUCUCGUAGGACUGAUUUUGAGUAUUGCAGUGAGCGAUGUAUCGGCGAAAAUAGUGCAAAGGAUUGUUGGCGGCCUGGAGGCUCCACCCGGACGUUUCUUACAUCAAGUGUCUCUUCAAAUACUCAACGGGGAUUGUAGUUUUCAUGUUUGCGGUGGCAGCAUCAUCGAUGAUUUGCACAUCGUCACAGCCGCCCACUGCCUCACUAACGAAGUCACUCACGAUUUCAACCAUAAACAAAUUACCGUCGUGGCUGGUACGCAAAAUCUGCGUAACAAAACCUCUGGCAUUUAUCGCGACGUCCAGUACACCUACAUACCUGCCUCUUAUAAGUUGAACGCUCCUUUUCAUGAUAUAGCAAUUUUGAGGUUGAAACAACCGUUGCCUCUCAACGAUGAACACCAAAGUAAUCAAAGAAUAAGGGCAGUCAAAUUACCUGCUGUCAAUCAAUAUCUGCCAGGCUAUACUAAUACACAAUAUGCCAGCGCGAGUGGCUUCGGUGUUUUCCAAGAACGAUGGAAUACUUAUACUCGCCAAAAAGAGCAAAGCUUGACCAGUCCAACUCUAAAGUACACCUUUGGAAGGAUUAACGUGGUCAGGAACGACUGCCUACCUACGCAAAUCUGUGUUACGGCCUUGGACCAGCGUAGGCCGGGUGAGGAUGGUGGCAUAUGCCAGGGUGACAGCGGUGGUCCACUCACUGAUGAAUCAACGAAUACCCUGAUUGGUAUCACUAGUCGAACCCUUAAGAGAGGGUGCGGAGAAAUGUCCUGGUUCACUAGAGUCUCGUCCUUUGUAAAUUUCAUCAAUAAGGUCGUUCAAAUAUCAUGGCGAGGCGGUCUCGUGAAUCCUAAAUACAUAAGUUUACAUAUUCAGAACUUUGAUCAUGCACAUAUUAUGCAAAAGAUUCCACAUUGUUCAUAG